GCUCGUCACACUGGUGCCUCACCGGUAACGUGUCUCACAGAGGACAGGACGGUAUUAUGAGCUGAAGAGAAUCCUGCGGUGUUAUGAUGGUUUGUGAGCAGCUGGGAGGGUGAGCGUGCUGGUGUUAGACUAGAUUAUUUAGACUGUAGUUCAGUGGUAUAAGAGUAGGAUGUAUAGUUAACCCCCUGUGGUUUGUAGCUUCUCGGACAGUCCCGGAGUUUGGUGGAAGCGCAAAUGACACUGUUUUAAUUUUAUGCUGGAGUAGCGAGACAUGUACGGCAGAAAGACUGCUCCCCGUGUCGCCUAAAAGCAGCCGGGACUGGACAUUUUUUACGGAGACAGAGACCAAAAGAAGGAGACGCAACAUGUUUGAAGCCGCGGGGAUUCCUCUCAUCGUCCUGGACGUUAUCUGUCUCAUCCUCGUUGGACUUCCAUUUUUCAUCCUCACCCCUCAACACAACCCUUUUAAACGGGGUUUCUUCUGUGACGAUGAUUCCAUCAGGUACCCCCUCAAAGAGGACACCAUAUCCUACCAGCUGCUGGGAGGAGUCAUGAUCCCCUUCACACUGAUCGUGAUCGUCUGCGGCGAGUGCCUUUCUGUUUACAUGUGUCGCAUCAAGAACCAGUCUUUGGGGACCAAGUAUGUGGCCUGUGUCUACAAAGCUGUGGGGAGCUAUGUGUUCGGAGCGGCCGCUAGCCAGUCUCUGACAGACAUAGCCAAGUACUCCAUCGGUCGUUUGCGGCCAAACUUCCUGGCUGUAUGUCAACCAAACUGGAAUAGCAUCAACUGCAAAGCUGGAGGAUACAUCGAGAACUUCACCUGCUCUGGAGACAAGUUUCUGGUAGACGAAGCCAGACUGUCCUUCUUCUCUGGUCAUUCAUCCUUCUCUAUGUACUGCAUGCUGUUCCUUGUACUGUACAUUCAAGCUAGACUGAGGUCAGAAUGGUCGAGGCUCCUGCGUCCCACCAUCCAGUUCUUCCUCAUUGCCACUUCUGUGUAUGUGGGUCUGUCCCGGGUCUCUGAUUACAAACAUCACUGGAGCGACGUGCUCACCGGCCUCCUGCAAGGAGGUUUAGUGGCCACUCUCACAGUGGUCUGUGUGGCCAAUUUCUUUAAACAGCCAGUGGAGCCCGUAGUGUCACAGGGAGAAGAGGCCUCACACAGCAGUUUACAGGAAAAUCCUCCCAAUGGGAACCACUAUGGCAGCACAGGCUGAAUCUGAGGCCUCAAAGACAAUACUCUAUAGGACCUGUAUACCUUAAAAUGAUCACGGAGGACCUAAAACAUCAUGAACUGCAAGUGUUUGAUAAUAGCUGCUUGCUGUUUCUGUACAUUUCUUCAACAUGGUUUGUCCGGUGGAGCCGACGACGCUGCCGGCUUUAGCUGCUACCUUUGGUGUGGUCGGUAAACUUUAAUUAAAGGAAGAAACGUGCACUACAGAAGACAGUCUUGCACUGAGGUAUAUACAGAAGCAGAUGUUUUGGGUAAAUCAAACUUGAUAUAAUUUAUGGGAUGACAAAACAAAAUACAGCAAAUUACCUUCGAAAAAGUUCCUUUUUUAACAGUGUAAGCUUGUUGUAAAUGGGUUUGCUAGUGUAUAUUGGUCCAAUGCUGCCAUAAUGAAUGAAUGGAAUUCAUGGAAUUUUGACCAGAAUAUAAUGAGCGUCAGUGUGCGCACUGCAAGCAGGCUUGUAGAGGGCCUGGCACCUGUGAAUAAGAAAACCUGGACUGUCCUUAAACUUCAAAUGGAGACGGAACUGAGAAAUAAUAUAUUUUAUUUUGAUGUUCUGCUCCCUGCUGUUAUGUCCCUUCCCUUUAUGGAAAAUACACCUUUUUUUUACGUUAUGAAUGAAGCUCUGUUUUUGUCAGACGCUUUAAACAGCAUUGUGUGGAUCAGUUCUGGGAGUGGUUUUUACAAAUAAAGAGUGCUGUG